UUCAAGCCCUGGAGCACAUGAAUCCUUUAGUCAUUUCCAGAACAUGAUAGUUAACUCAUUUGGGCUCAGUAAGCCUGUGGAAAAGCAGUUCAAAUACAUCAUAGAAUAUUUUCUCGUUUCUUCACUGAUGUCUAUUUCCAGGAUAGACUUAGCAUAAUGAUUGGGAAUCGUGCGCGAGUAGCAGUAUACCAUCAUCUCAUAGGGAAGCAGCUGACUUCCUAUGUUGGCCUACACAGGAAACUUUGCUGGUUGCAUAGUGCUAUAGCGGUUCGAUGGAGGACCGGCUCCACUCCAGCUCCUAUACUAACAGCCACUCCAGCCCGUGCCCUGGUGGACGAGCAAAUCAGCAUCAAGGCAGGUUUUCUGCCACAGCACUGUCCAGUUACAUUGUGUGCACAAAUGCGCAGUGAGGAUGGUGACCGGUGGGAGGCGUUUGGCCACUAUAACACAAGUGCAGAUGGCACUGUCAACCUGGCUCAGGAUCAUUCCGUGGGUGGUUCAUAUUUGGGAUGUGAGCCAAUGGGUCUCUUCUGGGGCCUGCAGCCUGCUCCUGGGGAAAGGGUUGGCUUAAGGUUGCGGAUGAAGAAUGUUGAGAUUCCACUCACAGUGGACAUUUCCUUGAUGGAGGGCCACGUGUCUCCCAGAGAGAGAGAAAGCGCUGAGCUGGCUGUUGUAACCACCGAGCGCUGGUUCAUGACACCAGGUGUUCAAAGAAUAGAUAUUCGCCAAAAUGGAGUUGUGGGAACGUUAUUCCUACCACCGGGCCCAGGCAGGUUUCCAGCCAUGGUGGACUUGUGGGGUAUGGGUGGAGGACUAGUGGAGUACCGCUCAGCCAUGAUUGCAUCCAGGGGCUUUGCGAGCUUCUCCAUCGCCUACAUGGAACACAAGGAUCUCACGGUCCAACUAGAUAUUAGCGGUGCAGAUGCAUAUAUGAAGAAAGCAUUUAAGAUCCUUCGGGAUCAUCCUCAGGUCUGUGGUGACCGAAUUGGUAUCAUUGGUCUCUCCUACGGAGUCUACAUGGCCCUCCGAAUGGCCACUCUCCUUGAUUUGAAUCCAUCCUGUUUGGUUUGUAUAAAUGGCCCAGCAGGAAGCAACAUGGAGCUCACACAAACCCUUUGCAAGCCUAAAACAUCUGAAAGUGACCAAAGAUUUUGGCCACAGGAUAACGCGGGCUAUCUCAGUUUUAGAGAAAUGUCUUCACCCAGCAACUACUCCCCUGGCACCCAAGUGAAGAUAGAGAACCUGGCCUGUCCAUUGAUGUACAUUUUGGGUGAAGAUGACCAGAAUUUUCCAAGUACCAAGAAUUCAAACCUGAUCGAAGAUGUCCUGAAAGCAGCUAGGAAAUCCCACCUGUAUACAUGUUUGUCAUAUCCAGGCGCUGGCCACCUGAUUGAAACACCAUACACACCACACACAAGACUAUCUGUGUGGGAACUCAAACCAAGAAAAAUUCUUGCUCUAUGGGGGGGUCACGUCGCACCCCAUGCUGCUGCACAGGAAGAUUCUUGGAAGAAAAUCCUGAAGUUCUUGGACAAACAUCUGAGGGCGUGAACUUGAUUUGCAUCCAAUUUUAUCUAAAUUAAAUGCAAAGUCAUCCUUGCCACAAAAGCUCACAGAUUCACCACAAGGAGGAGAUGUUCAGUCGUGAUGGCAAUGAACGAAUCUCUAAUGUGAUACAGUACUUAGUGGGAAAAAUUACCCAGUCAAGAAACAACUGCAUUGGCUCAUGUUGUGACUGUUAUAUAUAUUUUCCUGGUAUUUAUGAGGUAGUUUUGCAGGUAUUUCUCACAUGUUUAUUUAUCACAGCUUUAGCUUCAAAUGAUGAUUUAUCAGUGAUAUAGAUUCUGAUUAAACCUAUUUUUGACUCUCAUUUAAAUAAAUCACUUAUCACACACAGCUCUCAUCGUAAUGUGCUGUAUUGCUGUUCUACAGCGCUGAAAACUAUGACUACAUUAAUAAACAUACCCAUAAAAAAAUAAACAUUCUUGCUGUA